AUGAUGAUUAUCUAUAUUUAUUUGUUAGUGUGUAUAUUCCAAUAUUUUUACAGUAUAAAUUUUGAAGUAGGAAAAAAUAACCUAAAAACAGAAUUAUAUCGCAGAAGUGGAAGAAUUCUAGCAGAACAACAACAAGGAACAAGUAGUAGAAGAGUAAGAUCAGCCAGUUCAAUUGAAAGCCUCUUUAAAAUUUGGUUAGAGUCUUUUGAAGGAGAAUUUUUUGAUGAACUAAGUAAAUUAACUAAAAAUUUUACAGCUGAGAAUGCUCAGAAUUUUUUAGAUUCGAUGUAUAAGAGAGGUGGGAUUAUUACAAAAACAUUAAAUUUACGACCAGAUCUUGAUGAAAAGAGUUUUUUAAAUAAUGCCUUAACUUCAUGGAGAAAGUUUUCAAAAGAUGUUCUAUUAGAUUCGGCAAUAGGUUCAUAUGUUGAUAGCUUGUUUAAUACCGAAAAUAUAACAACAAAUAAUACUGGUUUAUCAUCUGCAUUACCAUCUACCUCCACUUCAUUACCCAUAGCUACUGAAACAUUUAACGAAACAAUAUUGCCCAUAUCUACUCCAUCACCUGAAUUAACCAUAUCUCCAACUGCUUUGCCAUCCGCAUCUGAUUUAUCAACCACGGCUGAUUUAUCACCUACAACAUCUGAUUCUCAUAUUAAUUUUACAACCUCAUCUACAAAUGAUAUGAGUGAUUUACCUACUGUUUUUUCUACAAGUGGAAUGAAUAAUAAUACUACUAUAAUGAAUAAUUCAACCGCAUUAACCCCUGCAGAUCAAGGUAGUGGCUUAUCUAAUGCGGCAUGCGCAGGAUUAUUAUGUGGGCCAACUUUUGCUGCUCUUCCUGUUUCUCUUGUUCUUCUUGGGGGAGUUUUUUUUUUUGUUCUUCUUUAUAUGUAUACUCCUGUUGGAAAAUUUCUUGGAAGAGAUAAUCCAAAAAAAAAAAAAGCAAAAAAAAGAUUAAAUGAAAUACCUAUGGAAUGUAUAAACUCUCCUCAAUUGCUAAAAGUAAAAAAAAAAGAAAAUGCAAAGAGAAGUGUAUUAGAUAGAUUUCUUCGUGCAUUCGGUUACGACAAAAAUUUUCCCUAUAUAGAUGAAGAGAUAGCCUCAGAUCAAGUAAUAUAA